UUCAGAAAUACUUUGACGGUGGUGAGUUAACUUCACUGCCUUGUGUAAGUGAAGUUCCUUGUGAAAAAGUGCGCCCAGGAAGAUAAGGCAGUAAACAUUCUGAGUCAUGUUGGGUGAAGUCCUGACGUGGAUCGGGGCGACUCUGGGGCCGGUGGGGUCGUGCCUGCUUGGCCUCGUCGUCCUCCUGCUCAUCUUCUCUCCCGGUGGUCGUCCCAAAAACUUCCCGCCGGGUGUACCGAUGGUGCCAGUGUUCGGAUCCUUACCGUUUACGAAAGGAACAGUCUCGCGGCCCUUCUUGAACUCGCUGAGGAAGAAGUACGGAGACCUGGCAAGUUUCGGCAUCUUCAAUCGAAAGGUCGUUUUGGUCAGCAACUUGAAGACCAUCAAGGAAGUGUUCUCUCAGGCGAAGACAGCAGGUCGGCCGGAGCUGUUUCUCACAACCGUUAGGAAUAAUUUGCUCACAGACGGCAGACACACAUUUCUAGGGAUUCUUGGUUCGUCAGGAGAGUUGUGGCACGAGCAGAGGCGCUUCGUCCUGCGCCAUCUGAGGGACUUGGGCUUCGGCAAGACCAGCCUGGAGCCGCUCAUGAUCCUCGAGAUCAAGGAGCUGAUGGACCACAUCGCGAAGCAGAAGGAUUCGCCGAUUGUCAUGCAGCGCUUCUUCAACCGGUCAAUCAUCAACGUGAUCUGGGCGAUGGUGAUGGGCAAGAGGUACUCCUACGGUGACGCCCGACUGGCCACCCUCCUGAAGACGUUCAUCGCCCCGGGUGACAUCAAUUUCCUCUCUCCUCUCCACUUCAUUCCCGGAGCGCUGAAAUUCGCUCCUUACUUACCCUUCUUGAAGAAAGACGUCCAACCAUUCAUCAAGGUUACCAAUUUCAUCAAGCACGAAGUGGAGGAAUUCCAGCGCGACGAGACAGCGAAGAAAAGCGACUGUCUGACGGCCUUGUAUCUGCGAGAGAUUGAGGAGCACAAGAACGAGUCUUCCUUCUUCCACAUGGAUCAAAUGGUAUCCGUGAUUUUUGAAAUGUUCGUUGGAGGAAGCGAGACCACGUCGAGCACCCUGACCACGGCGGUAUACAUGCUCGCCAAACACCCGGAGGUCCAGAAACGAGUUCAUGAGGAACUGGACAGGGUGGUGGGCCGAGACCAGCUGCCGUCCUUCUCCCAGAGGGAUCAGUUACCAUACACACAAGCCACUAUAUAUGAAGUGCAAAGAACCCUGAGAUUAGUACCGUUCAACCUACCUCAUGCAACAGUGGAAGACAUCACAGUUAAUGGCUAUAUGAUCCCCAAAGGAACAAUUCUUAUCGCCAACCUCCAGGACUGCAUGAUGGAUCCCGCCUUGUGGAGGAAUCCAAAUGAGUUCGAUCCAAGGAACUUCCUUGAUGCUGAGGGGAAUUUCAAACGAAAUGAGGCUUCCAUGCCCUUUGGAUCAGGCAAGAGGCAGUGCGUGGGAGAGCCCUUGGCCCGCCUGGAGCUCUUCCUCUUCUUCGCCUGUGUGAUGCAGCGCUUCCACUUCUACGACGUGGUCGAGGAACCCUUCAGCAGCUCCAACCCCCUCUUCGCCGCCGUGCCAAGAUAUACAGUGAGGGCCACAGCAAGAUACUGGAAAAAGCAGCUCACAGCUUGGGUCAUGUUGGGUGAAUUCCUGAUUUGGAUCGGCGCGAAUCUGGGGCCGGUGGGGUCGUGCCUGCUUGCCCUGGUCGUCCUCCUGCUCAUCUUCUCUUCCGGUGGUCGCCCCAAAAACUUCCCGCCAGGCCUACCAAUACUUCCUGUUCUGGGUUCCUUGCCGUUUACGAAAGGAACAGUCUCAAAGGGUUUGAUUCGCUCCUUGAGGAAGAAGUACGGAGAUGUAGCAAGUUUCAGCAUCUUCAACCAUAAGGUUGUUUUGGUCAGCAACUUGAAGACAAUCAAGGAAGUCUUCUCACAGCAUAAGACGGCAGGACGCCCGUCGUUGUUUGUCAUUGAAGCCAGAAACAAAAUGCUUACAGGGGGGGAGCACUCAUCCCUUGGGAUUCUUGGUUCGUCAGGAGAGUUGUGGCACGAGCAGAGGCGCUUCGUCCUGCGCCAUCUGAGGGACUUGGGCUUCGGCAAGACCAGCCUGGAGCCGCUCAUGAGCAUCGAAGUCAAGGAGCUGAUAGACCACAUCGCGAAGCAGGAGGAUACGCCGAUUGCCAUGCAGCGUUUCUUCCACCGAUCCAUCCUGAACGUGAUCUGGGCGAUGGUGAUGGGCAAGAGGUACUCCUACGACGACGCCAAACUGGCCACCCUCCUGGAGACGUUCUUCUCCCCGGGGGACAUCAACUUCCUCUCCCCUCUUCACUUCAUCCCCGGAAUGCUCACGUUGGCUCCCUACAUGCCCCGUCUAAAGCAUCAAUUUGGGAAAUUUAAGAACAUUGCCAACUUCGUCAAGAAAGAGCUGGAGGACUUCAGAAACAGCGAAGCAGCAAAGACGAGCGAUUGUCUGACGGCUCUGUAUCUGCGAGAAAUCGAGGAGCACAAGGGCGAGUCCUCCUUCUACCACUUGGAUCAGCUAAUAUGUGUAAUUUUCGAAAUGUUUGUUGCCGGAAGUGAGACCACAUCAAGCACACUGACCACGGCGGUGUGCUUGCUCGCCAAACACCCGAAGGUCCAGAAAAACCUCCAAGAGGAACUGGACAAGGUGGUGGGCAGAGACCAGCAGCCGUCCUUCUCCCAGAUGGAUCAGUUACCGUACACGAUGGCAACCAUACACGAGGUGCAACGGACAUUAAAACUUGUACCAUUCAGUCUCCCACACGUAACGAUGGCAGAUGUCACAGUCAAUGGAUAUACGAUUCCUGAAGGAACAAUUCUUAUUGGCAACAUGGAAGACUGUUUGGUGGACCCCGCCCUGUGGAGAAACCCAAAUGAAUUCGACCCAAGAAACUUCCUGGACGAUGAGGGGAAAUACAAAAGAAAUGAGGCUUUCAUGCCUUUCGGGUCAGGCAAGAGGCAGUGCGUGGGAGAGCCCUUGGCCCGCCUGGAGCUCUUCCUCUUCUUCGCCUGCGUCAUGCAGCGCUUCCACUUCUACGAGGUGGUCGAGGAACCCGUCACCAAUUACAACCCACUCUUCACGCCGCCGCCAAAGUAUACGGUGAAGGCAAAGGCCAGAUUCUGAUAUAUGACGAUGCAGACAACGUCCUUAAUUCUGCCAAUUCAAUGGCAAUGGAAGUCGGUUCUGCCGUUCUUCAUGAUAACCUUGAGGAACGCAAGAAUGAUUACUUUUAGAAUAUUACAAAUGUAGGUCAUCGAAUAAAGCAGGUUAUUGAGUUAGUA